GCUACAAAAAUGUCUCGGAAAUCAUGUCUGUGGAAAAUCACCUAAAACUGAAGAUGUGAUUAUCUUAUAAGAAUCAAAGAAGUAAAAACGUCUCCUCAGCUCAAAAGCCUGGUUUUAUACGUGUCUGACGCUAGGAAUCAUCCAGCAGCAUCUCCACCCCCCCACCCCCGUCAUCCCGGUGAGGGAGGAGACAGCAGACCUGUCGCUCAUCCGCUCUCUCUCCACCGGUGCAGCAGCAGCAUCUCUCCCGUCCUCGGUGCGUCUCAGCCCGGCUCGAUGCAGGACAGAUGAACGCUGCGACAUCCCUCUCUCGCUCAUGACUGAGACAUGCUCGCCUUCGCUUUAGUCGCUGGCUCUGUCUGGGUUGUACUAGAGCUCAGCUCCUCACUUAUGGAGAAGAUGCAGUCUCGGGAUCUGCUGCUAGGUGUUCCUGAGCUGGAUGAUUUGGGUCAGUUCCUGCGCUCUCUGCCCACCUCCACGCUGCUGGGUCUGGGUGCUCUGACCGCUGUGCUGGUCUACUGGAUCUCCACCCGGCCGCGGCCCAUCACACCGCCCUGCGACCUCCGGCUCCAGUCACAGGAAGUGCAGAUGGAGGAUGGUGCUCGGAGGUCCCUGAUAAGCGACAGCUCCACGCUGCUCUCGUACUACCACGAGGACGCCAAGACCAUGUACGAGGUGUUUCAGCGAGGUCUGCACAUCACCGGUGACGGACCCUUUUUAGGCUCCAGACUCCCCAAUCAACCCUACAAAUGGCUGUCCUACAGAGAGGUGUCCAGCAGGGCGGAGCACUUGGGCUCUGGUUUACUGUCUCAGGGGUGUCAGCCCAGUCCGGAUCAGUUCAUCGGGGUGUUUGCUCAGAACAGGCCUGAGUGGAUCAUCUCGGAGCUGGCGUGCUACACCUACUCCAUGGUGGUGGUUCCCCUGUACGACACGCUGGGACCCGACGCCAUCCGCUACAUCAUCAACACAGCUGAGAUCUCCACAGUGAUCUGUGAUAAAGCAGAGAAAGCGUCGGUUCUCCUGGAGAACGUCCAGCGAGGAGAGACGCCGGGGCUGAAGAUGAUCAUCCUCAUGGAUGCCUUUGACACUCAGCUGCUGGAAGAAGCUCAGAAGUGCAGCGUUCACAUCCGGGCGCUCAGAGAUGUGGAGGCUCUGGGUCGAGAGCACUACAGGAAACCUGUGCCUCCCGCAGCAGAUGACCUGUCCAUCGUCUGCUUCACCAGUGGAACCACAGGAGACCCGAAGGGAGUGAUGCUGACCCACGGGAACGUCGUGGCUGACUUCGGGGGCUUCUUGAAAGUGACAGAUAAGGUGAUCUUUCCAAACCAAGAUGACGUUCUCAUUUCCUUCCUGCCUCUUGCUCACAUGUUCGAGAGACUGAUCGAGGCGGUGGUCAUCUGUCACGGCGGGAGGAUUGGCUUCUUCCAAGGAGAUAUCCGUCUGCUUCCGGACGACAUGAAGGCUCUCCGGCCCACCAUAUUCCCAGUGGUGCCUCGACUCCUGAACCGCAUGUAUGACAAGAUCUUCAGUCAGGCCAACACCUCGCUCAAGCGCUGGCUGCUGAACUUCGCGGCUAAGAGGAAAGGGCUGGAGGUGCGCCGCGGCGUGAUCCGCAGUGAUAGCGUAUGGGACAAGAUCUUCUUCCACAAGAUCCAGGCCAGUCUGGGCGGCAGGUUACGGAUGAUCAUCACCGGAGCGGCUCCUGCGUCCCCGAUCGUCCUGGACUUCCUGAGAGCGGCGCUCGGCUGUCAGGUGUACGAGGCGUACGGUCAGACGGAGUGCACCGCUGGAUGCACCUACACCACUCCUGGAGACUGGACGGCCGGUCACGUAGGCGCUCCGCUGCCCUGUAAUCUCAUCAAACUGCUGGAUGUGGCUGAGAAGAACUACUUUGCUGCUAAAGGAGAAGGAGAGAUUUGUGUGAAGGGCCCAAACGUGUUCAAGGGUUAUCUGAAGGAUCCUGUGAGGACGGCUGAGACGCUGGACGCAGACGGAUGGCUUCACACUGGAGACAUUGGCAAAUGGCUGCCGAACGGCACGCUGAAGAUCAUCGACAGGAAGAAGCACAUCUUCAAGUUAGCUCAAGGAGAGUAUAUUUCCCCGGAGAAGAUCGAGAGCAUCUACAUCCGCAGCGAGCCCGUGUCUCAGCUCUAUGUUCACGGGGACAGCCUGCAGUCGUGUCUGGUGGGAGUCAUCGUCCCCGAUCCUGAGGUCUUACCCUCCUGGGCUCAGAAGAAGGGCUUCGUGGGAAGCUAUGACGAGCUGUGUGGAAAUAAAGAAAUUAAGAAAGCCAUUCUGGAGGACAUGGUGUGCUUGGGAAGAGCUAGUGGCCUCCAUUCAUUCGAACAGGUUAAAGACAUCCACAUCCAUAAAGAAAUGUUCUCCGUCCAGAACGGAUUGCUGACCCCCACUUUAAAAGCCAAGAGACCGGAGCUGAAGCAGUACUUCAAGACAGAAAUCGAGCAGCUGUACAGCAACAUCUCCAUGUAGUCUCUGGUCUCCAGCAGAUGAGGACGCUCCAGCAUUCCUUCACUAUUUGUUCUUCUUCAUUGAAAACUAGCUGGCACUAAACGCUCCGAACGAGCCACGGGCGUCAGGGCCGAGCAUGAGCUUUACUCGCUAUAAGAGUAUUUAAACGAGCUGUGAAUGUCAACGGGUGGUGUGCCUUUAGAAACGUGGCAGAGCUGCAACCAAAUCCAGUCGUGCUCCGAAAGCGGAAGCGUCCCAGCUAGCAUGCAUGCUUCAUUCAUCUCCGGUGGGCCGAGGAGGGCAAAGGUCACCCGUUUCCAUUCAUCUUUCCUUUACAGGUCUGAAGGGAAAUCCAGCAGAUUUCGGGCUGUAAGCCAUGCAUGCUGUUUGACAUUCCCAGCCUCAUACAGAGCUCAUGCACAACAAUCACAUACGAUGCUUGUCUAGAUAGUGAAGCUCUAUCUGUGUCUCACUUCAUCAACGUGAGCACGUCACACAACCUUGGCCCGAGUCGAUGGAUCGACCAGCUUCUCAGUUCCUUUCCAUCCCAAAGUUUUCAAUAGUAGCUUGUUGAAGAAAACUAGAUGUGAAACUAUUUAAGCAACGGUUUGAAGUGUAGAGAAACCAAUAAGAUUUGAACCUGCUCUUGAAUGAUAUCAGAACUUUAUCUUUGUAUUUCAUGAGGGGAUAUGAAUGGGGACGAAUCUGCAGAGAUGUUCCUUUAUUCUCGGUUACCUUAGCUUUAGUUUUCUGCCAUUAUUUAUUUCACCUGCCCCUGUUCAGACUCUGUUGUGUUUUUGUCUGUUUGCUAGAAUGUUGUUGACUUAUUAGCUAAUUUAACGAUCAGGGUUGUUCUGUUACUCGUUUAUUUAUUGUGAUCAGAGGCUCUUCUCCAUUUGGAUGCUCUUUAUGCUUCCAGAUCAACACAAGUGUACAUUUCUCCUAAUUUCAGUCAGACUGAAGAAUAAUGACCAAAGUCUGUCUUCACAUCAUUAUAGUGUCUUCAGUCAAACAGCUAUUAGACAGAACAUCUGAGCCUUACGAAUCUGAAGACAUUUUCCCCAGUUUUGACCAACAGUUUGUUAUUUGUGUUUUUGAAUCUGUUCACUUGCAUCUUUUCCUGAUAAUAAAGUCUUUUACGCGCAUGUACAUCUCUGCAUAUACACAAAAAUAGUGAUGAGUGUGUGCAAAACAUGUAAAAAUAAAGAAAAAUGAUUUGUAAUUCUA